UAUUUUGUGAUAGUUAAUUAUACCGAAGGUUAAAAUAUCUUAUUAGUACAUAUUAUAUAAACCAAUGACGUCCUGUAUGACGGGAUCCCUGCAGGAAAAAAAAGUAGCGACGCGAAUAAUUGUGUCCUUACAACAUUGGCGUUACGCUAAUAUCCUAUUCAUCGAACACGAUGCAACAAUAAAGAAUGAAAUGAAGUUAGCCGAAAGAUGCUAAAGGACCCUUUCUUCAACACUCUUCGAGGUUAAUUCUGUAGCUGUCUAUUGAUGGAUUAGAUUAAGAUGGCGAACGAAGAGGAUGAGCAGCAUGCGCAAACAGAUGAACUCGGGCUGGACCUCAACACUACAGACUCGAGUAGCGACGAUGGCGGUUCGGGCGAUGAAGACGGAUCACCACCCGUGGAGUGGCUUGCCACAGGACGAGAAAGACGAUCAACCGCUGGCAAUCGCAUGAAAUCUAUGAUCGCCGCCGAAGAACCCGACGAUGAUCUUGAACUCCUCUUCGCCGAAGAUGAAGAUGAUGCGGGUUUCACAGACGUCGAGGAUGAUGGAUCUGACGUGCAGAUGGACUCAUCAUCGGAUGAAGAAGAUGCGCAAGAGAAUGCCGACGAAUUGGAGGGAGAAAAGGAGUUGGAAAAGCAAGCUCGAGAAAGCAGACAAGCCUCACGGAAACGAAAAGCCCAAGAAGCAAUUCCGAUCAAAUUUCGUAAAAAGGUCAAGAUUGCGCCCACACCCUCCGGAAGUUCGACGGCACCUGAACCGAAACCGAGACCAAAGAAGAAAUCUGAGAGGAUAAGCUGGUUACCGUCACCAGCCGACAUGCCUACCCGAGCUUCGAAACGAGAGACUACGAUGCUCAGCAAGGAGCAGCUGCAUCAACAGAUGAUCGAACGUGAAGUCAAGCGUCUUAAGCAGGUCGAAGCUAUGGAGAAAAAGGCAAAGAAGAUGGAAGCCUUGAAGAAACCGCCCAUGACACAAGCUCAGAGACUCGCAGAAGCGGCUAUCGUAGAAAAGAAGAACUCGAAGAGCCUAAACCGUUGGGAAGAAGCCGAAAAACAACGAGAGGAAGAGCGAAGAGUUAAGUUGGCGGCACUGAACAACCGGACGCUCGAUGGACCGGUCGUCACUUUCUGGAGCGGAGUUGGCGAAUGGGUCGACGGCAAAUUGAAGCACGUUGGCAAGAUUGUCACCAUCGAGGAGAAACCGGCUAAGAAAAAGCGAAAUUCUGCCGCUGGUCAAGAUAUGCCAAUGGAUCCUUCUAGUGCAGACAUCCCUGAUAAACCUCAGGAGGCAGCGCAGACCACGGAUAAACCCGAAAAGAAAGACACAGAAUCGACCUCGACUAAACCGGCAGAGUCGAAGGAGAACGCACCUGAAGAUGGGGUUGCAGUAGCUCAUACGGCUCCUCAAGAUACUACUUUGGGAGGGGAGAAGACUACGUCUACCACAGGUGCUGCCACUCCAGUGAAUCAGCCUGCUCCAUCUGUAGCUAUUGAGACAUCUUCAGCCGCAUCUGGUCCAACUCAACAGGAUUCAAUACCAAUAACUGCUCCACCUCCGCCAGUGGCCCUCAAUCAACCGCAGCCCCAGCCCCAGCCCCAGCCCCAGCCCCAGCCCCAGGGAUCAAGUCCACUAGAAGCCAAACCUCCAGAGGUAAAGCCGCCGGAUAUGCGACCUCCGGCGAGCGGCGUCUAUACUACCAGCAUGUUUGCGCCUCCCCUAGCAUCACCGUUGAUGAAGCCGCCGGAAUUGAAGCCACCCUCGACCAGUUUUCUAGCUCCUCCAGCGGGAGUCACUCAGGGCGGACUUUCUAUGCCAAUGAUCGGAUACCACUCUGCACCUAAUAUGAACAAUCCUUCAACUGUGCUGGCGCCUCCUAAUACGUCGCAAAGACAAUCACCUCUAUCUAUGCCCCAGACGGGAGUUUGUCAUCCUCCUAUUUCGGUACCGACUCGUCCAAUUCAACCGCCAACACAAUCUGUAUCGACCCCUGCACCUAAGUCCAACCAUACCCCUAUACCUACAACUACACUUAAACCUACGCCUACACUUCCACACACACCCGCGUCAGUGCCUACACAGAAACCUACUUCACAUGUUCGAUAUACGCCAAAAAUGCCUCUCACCACCACAAAAUCGUCUAGGGCCAAUGCCCAGAGACAUCAACCCAAAGAGACUCCACCACCUCCCCCACCAUCACCGCCCGCGAAUGGUAAAGCUACGAGGAACUGCAUUAUCCUGCAAAAUUUCAACGAGAAUGCCGUGAAGGAAAAGGCCGUACAGAACCAGAUUCUAUUCGGCAGGGAUAUGGCUAAGCUCGGUAAGCCGACACCGGCGCCUCGUUGUGUUAUCACGAACCAUCCAGCACGCUACAAGGAUCCCAAGACAGGCUUGCCGUAUUACAAUGCCUACGCAUUCCGGGAGAUCCAGAAGCUGGGCCGUGGCGAAUAUAAGUGGAGUCGUCUAGUAGGCGCGUGGAUGGGCAGCGGAUCCGACGCGGCAACCGGCGUGCCAGCUCGGUUUUUGGACCCGGACGCGCCAGGCCCACCGAAGAAGACGGUCGCUGCUGAAGCUCCAAAGGAGGACACCUCGGAGUCGACGAAGGGCGCUGCUGAAGCUACACAAGCUACAUCAGCCGCCCCAAUUGACCAGAAGGAACAUGUUGUGACUGUAAGUGUAGCGCCUUCGGUAGCAACUACGUCGGCUCCGUUGAAUCAACCGAAUCCACCACCAAUUGAGGCUCCGGCUUCAGCUCCACCUCCUACCUCCACUUCCGUUUUCGCUCCAGUCCAGGUCCCAACUCCAACUCCAAUACAAGCUCCAGUACUGGGCGAGUUCUCAGGAAAAUCUUCCAACCCUGCUCCAGCUAUUGCUCCGGUUUCCACCGCAUCUCCAGCGAUUCCAGUUGUACCUGCUACAGCAACUCCUACGGUUCCAACUCCGACUACGGUUACAACAACUGUGACAGCAGGCGAUCAGAUUCAUGACGGCACAUGACAUUCUCCAUGAAGGGUAUCAUUG